CCUGAGGUCCAUAGAAAUUUGACAGCUUCACAGGUGAGACGACCGUCCAGAGGCUGUUUCACUUUACAUUUCUGGAUUUAUUUUCUCCUCGGGACUCUCUUUACUGUGAGCCUGGGGUUGUCACAGUCAAAAAACAACCAUUCGAAGUCUUAUUACUCCGGCAGCAUGAGCAAGAAGAAAAAGGACUGGAAGACUGAAAAAGAACGGCUGCUUGGACUCACUCAGGAGGAGAGACGCAAGGAAUAUCAUCGGGAUUUUAAAACUCUGAAAGACAUCCCAACCUGGAGAGAAGAAAAUACACCCAAUGACGAAGAAGAAGAAAAAAAGGAGGUCACCGAUGGAGGCGGGUGGAGUGAUAAAGUUUCUCUCUACAAGGGUGACAUCACUGUUCUGGAGGUGGAUGCCAUCGUCAAUGCUGCAAACACCAGUCUUCUGGGAGGAGGAGGAGUUGACGGCUGCAUACACAAAGCGGCGGGUUCCUGUCUGUACGAUGAGUGUCAGUCACUAAACGGCUGUGAAACCGGCCAGGCCAAGAUCACCUGCGGCUAUGAUCUCCCUGCAAAAUAUGUGAUCCACACCGUGGGCCCGGUGGCCAGAGGUCAUGUAGGUCCUACAGUGAAGAACGAUCUUACCUCCUGCUACCAAAACUCACUGAGUCUGAUGAAGGAGCACGAGCUGAAAUCUGUGGCCUUCCCAUGUAUUUCCACAGGCAUUUACGGCUAUCCUAAUGAGCCUGCAGCAGAUGUUGCUCUGAACACCGUAAAGAAGUGGAUUGAAGACAACCCAGAUGAGAUCACACGGGUCAUUUUCUGUGUCUUCCUGGAGACUGAUUUUGCCAUCUACAAGAAAAAAAUGGCUGUCGUUUUUCAAGACAAUGACAUGGAGGUUACAGAGGAGCAGCAGAAGGGAGAGAACACCCCGCCGUCAACAGAAACCACAACCAAGGACGAAAGUGAGGACAGCAAAAGAGGUGAAGAGAAGCCUGGUGAUGAAGAGGAGGGCGACAAUGAUGCGAGUGUAAAAGAAGAUGUAGAGAUGGAGAGUCAGAAAUCAGUUGAAAACGAUCCUGAUAUGGAGCAAACUCAAAAGGGUGAUGAUGGAGGGGCUGCAGAGGGAGACGUGGGCACGGACAACGGUGGCGACGCUGAAGAUAAAGAGCGAGAGAAACCUGCUGCUGAACCAGAAAACAACGACACGCCAAACCCCAACGUGGAGAUGGAAGAGGAACCGGAGAACAACGCUGACGCCAGCAACACAAAGGAGCCAGAAAAUCUUGAGCGCUCAGUAGAAAAAGCAACUGAUUUGAAUGAAACUGAAAGCAUUCAGCCCAAAGACGCAGCAGAGAACAAAGAAUGACCAGCUGAGAGGGGGAACAAUUGACCUCAUCUGACAGCCAGCAAACUGUGCAAGGCCAACCACCCUGGUGUCAGAGUGUCAGAAUGGGCUCUGACACUGGCCCAGGACAACCAGUUCCCACACCAGAUGCUCACAUCCCCAACUUUACUUUGCUCCCCACCACCACCUCUUUGCUAAGAAACCAUUCUUCCCUCGAGUAUGUUGGUACUGUAUGUAUAUGUCUGUAUAAACCCUAACGAUAAGACUUGAACAUAACCAGAAAAGAUGAGCCAUACCUCACUGUGUGCGAAGAGUCAAACAUCAUUUUGCCAUCAGGGGUGCAGUGAGAUCAACCAAGUUAGAGUCUGUUUUAUUUGAUGAAACCCACUGUGAGAGCGCGGUCAAACUGUCGGAGGACAGCAGCCACGGCUCCUACAUGUCCACACUCCUGGCUGGAUAUUUAACAUCCACCUUCCUUUAGUUCUUACAACUCAUUGUGGCAUUUAACUGAUGCAUCUGUGAGGCUCUUCAGAGAGCACCACACCAACACUUGCCCCGUCUCCUCACACACCGGUGCGCCUCCAAGUCGAGUCAGCCAAUAGCUGUAAGGCAUUUUAUCUGUUAACGCCCCAGAUCCUGCACACAAACGAGGAUGAGCGUCUCUUGACGAAUCGAUUUGUUCUUCUGCUCCCCCUCUUCUUUUCUUUGCCAUUUCCAGUGCAUGCCAGAAAACUCCUCUGAAUUUUCACCAACCUAAACAAGAACUACAGUCUUCUUCGCUCUUGCUUGUCUCCUUUCCAGAUUGUCUCUAACUGUACGGAAGGAAUCUGCCUUAUUUCAUAUCGAACAACAAAAAUCAGCACCACAGACAUAAGGAGGUGGUCCAAGCUGGAAUUCUUGGUCGUGUGUUGCUCGCAGAUGAUUUGUAUUUUUCUUUCCAUCAUGUAAUGGCUACAACCUGUUGCUAAUCAUUUAUUUUCUUUCGGUUGAUUAAACAAACAAAAAAAAAAGGUUUUGAUUUCUUUAAAUUGCUGGUAUGAUUCAUUUAUAAUUUUUUAGUGGCGCCAUACUAAAAAUUUGAUGAAUUACAGUUCUACAAAAGGAUGCCUUCAUACUUUGAUGUCUGCUUUGCUAAACUAUUAACAGAAACAACAAAUAAAGUUUAAAAUGGAA